AUGGCUGGAGAACCGCAGCCGGAACCAGAGAGACCCCGCCCCCCUGCACCUCCCGGAGGGGGGGCGGGCGGGGCUGGGCGGAUCCAGAGGAGCUCUCAGCCAAUCAGUGAGAGCCAUAAGCCCCGCCCACACCGUCUAGAGCCUUGGUUCUCUGGCGCGCAGCUCUCCUGUCUCACUCGAGCUUCGCUCCGGACGACGGUCAAGCCUCUCCUGAGCCAGCCCGAGCCUCUCCAACCCCCGGCGCCCCCCAUCGCCCCCCAGCGCCCUCCGGCGCUCCUUCCCCGCUUCCCUAGCACCCUUUUCGUUCGGUUGUCGGGUCUUUCGCCCGAAGUGACUACUCUCGGUAGCAUCCCUGGAAUCGGAAGAGGCCUAGGGAUGCAGGCUGUAUUCAUUCAGAAUCUCUCGGAGCUGGAACGUACCAGGCUUCGGGAGAUUGCCUUCUUCUGCCUGCAGGAGAAGAAUCCUUCCUGGCCUAUCAAGAUGCCCAAAGAUAAUGCUCAGACCUUUGGGAUACCCCUUUCCCAAGUCAUUGCCAACGACUUGGCCAACAAACGGCAGAGGGAAGCCAUGAAGGUUCCUCGGAGACAAGGCAUUGAUGUGGAGGCUUCCGUGCUUCGCUUCCUCACAGAGAAGCAUCGCCAGUGCAUGCAAGGAGAACACUCCCUGCUGGGAGCCCUGAUGGAGUAUCACAGGGAGCCUCUGACUCCCCUUUUUGCAGAUCAUCCCCCGAAGAUCCAGAGAAGGGUCCCCGUUAUUGUGGACAAGUGCUGUGAGCACAUCGAGGAGUAUGGCCUGAAGACCCUUGGGAUUUUCCGCGUUGGAAGCUCCAAGAAGAGAGUGAAGGAGCUUCGUGAAGAAUUUGACCAAGGCAUGGAGGUCACCCUGGAUGAGACCCAGAGUGUUCAUGAUGUGGCAGCACUGCUUAAGGAGUUUCUGCGGGAUCUGAGUGAGCCCCUGGUGCCCCGGGAGUUCUACCAAGUUUUUCUUCGGGCUGCCAGCCUGCCCACCGGUGAGAGACUGGCCGUCUUGCAGCUGCUGAUCUAUCUGUUGCCCCCAUGCAACUGUGAUACUCUGUACCGCCUCCUGCAGUUUCUGGAUAAAGUGUCCAAGCAUUCCGAGGACAGCAUUGGGCCCCAGGGCCAGAUGAUUUCUGGCAACCGGAUGACCACCGCCAACUUGGCUAUGAUUUUUGGACCCAACAUCCUGCAGAAGGAGAAGAUGCACGAGAGGGACACCAGAGUUCUGGGGAUGGAGGAGAGCACGGCCAUGAUCACCGUGCUCCAGACACUGAUUGAGAAUUUCCAGAUCCUUUACAUGGUGCCCCCUGAUGUGCAGAGCGAGGUGCUCCUCAGCCUGUGGCACACUGACCCUGAUGUCAUUGAAUAUCUUCUGCGUCAAAAAUUCAAGACCCCUAUGCCCUUGGCGGUCCCUGAGACAUCAGCUUCUGAUAGCGAGUCCACUUCUGCUUCUGAGUGUGUCUCUGCUUCUGGAUCGAUCACCUGCUCUGCCCUUGAAUCUGGCACAUGCUCCGUUGCUCACUUGGGUGCGCACAAACUGACUGAUGAGCCUGUGGCAAGCACCAGUGCUGGGGCAGUCCAGAUCCCCACUCUUUUCCCGCCAUUCUCUUUCCUGAGGCUCCCUGGCCGCAUGGAAAAGGAAACUGCCAAGAGCUCCAAAACUAUCUUCUGCCUGCGUCCCUUCCGGUCUGGCCAUGGAGCUCAGACCCCUGAUGAUGCCUCCUCCAGCCAAGGAGUCUGCAUGAGGCUGUUUGCAUCCCAUAGCCAGCGCCAGAUGGCACGUUCUGAGGAUGAUGUUGUCGUUGAAGAGCAGGCCCCCCAGGCUGAGGCCAAAGAGGAAGAGGAUGAGGUUGAAGACAAGGGCAAGGGCAAGGGCAAGGGCAAGGGCAAAGGCAAGGGCAAGGGCAAGGGCAAGGCCCCUGCAAAGUCUGAAAAGCGGGCCAAAUCGCCCCUUUCUGAUGAUACCGAUUCUGAACCACGCCCUGGCUGCAGCUGGUUCCAGUCCUAAACGGACACAUAUCUAUUGCUCCCUCUGCAAUUUCUGCUCCCCCACCCCUUCCCCCUAACUCCCUUACAAUGUGCCGGGCAGGAUCUGACAGGUGCCAACUUCUAAGGUAGAAUGAGAGAUCUCAGUGGGUGAGAAAUUUGAAGGCUCAAACCACAGAGGCUGCCAGUCAUGAUUGACUCAGGCUUCUGUGGGGAGGUAGAGAGGUUCCCAUGAGAUUUCAUACCUGGAGACCCCUCCAGGCCAGUAUUUCCAAAAUAUUUCUGUCCUCACCAGGGGGGAUGGUCCGGGUCUUCAUCUCUUCUGACAAAUCUCACACAAGCCGAUGACCCAGAAACAUUCCCACCUUCUUUGGUGCUGUUCUCUACUUGAGAGCCUCAGGGGAGAGGGACCAAAGUUUGAGGAAACUGUAGGACCAUGGGAUGUGAGGGCAGAAAGGGACUUUGGAGACCACUUAGUUUUCCACCAUAAAGGUGGUUGGCCAAUGAUCUUCGAGGUCUCUUCCAGCCCUCAAUCUUAUGAGCCCAAGUCUCCCGAUUCAAAAUCCAAUAAGUAAGAACCAGGUGUCUCAGACACCUUGCCCCUCCAAUUUCAUUUUAGCAGACCUGUUACCCGUGCACAAUUAUCUCCCUAUUGAUGUAUCUUUUGGUGUAACAACUCCUUUAAGGCAAACUGCCUAACCCCCCGCUGCUUUUCUCUUGUGGAUGCAUGCCACUUACGUAUACUAUACUAUCCCCCAGCUGCUCCCCACAAAGAAGUUAGUAGGGGCCUUCUCAGGCCCCUUGUGAAACUGGAACCUGGAAGAGCUGAAAAACUAGAAGGGAUACACAUAGUAGCUCACAGCCACCUCCGGACUCUGUUCUCUAAUACAGUCAGACCACUAGCCGUGCCAGACGGCCCUUCUUCCAUCAUGGUGCUGUCUGCUCAGGUUUCAUCACCAACAAACCUCAUGUCAGAUUCUCUUUCAUAACCGGUGAAUGGUUAACAACAGGAGAAGGUACUCGAAUACAUUUAGUUGAAGAUACUUUCACGUGUAGAAUGAGUCGUUUGCAGAUAUCCUAGGUAGGUUUACGUAGGUAUAUUUUAUAUGCAAUCCUCACCUCUACCGUUACUGUAUCUUCACUAUGCAAGGUUUCAGCAUUUGUAAGGCUACGAGCCGGCAUGUAGGAUUGAGCAUUUCAUCCGACAGUUAACACUAUAGCUGGCUAUGAGCUAUUAUGAUCUAUCAUGGGAGUAGUAUUGUACAUUGAUCGAAAGUACUUGAAAAUGCAUGAUACUGAUGGAUAGAGGCUGCUGGGGGAAUAAAACUUUAGAUGUAUACUUUUUCUGUGGUGUGUUGUAAUAAAUAUUGUGAUUUCAGCAUC